AUGUCGACGAUGCAGCAGCAGCAGCAGCAGGGCGGCCAGCAGGGCCAGCAGCAGCCUCUCGCGCCCGCGCCGCACCCAGGCAUGUCCCAGGAUCCAAGCAAGUCGCACCAGACGCAGCAGUCGGUCCAGACAUACAACACGCACUGCCUUUUGCUUCUCACUUUUCCCACGCCGUCGUUCGACUCCCGUCUCGUCAUGGACAAGCUUGCUGACCAGGUGGUGGGUGGUGGACGCGCUGCGCGGUCUGCCUUUGCCCUUACCCGUCUACAGGACCAUGCAGAACAAGUUCUACGCGAGCAGCUGCUUGCUGCCCAUCUCCAGUCCGCGGCAGCUCACACGGCUCCCCCGCCGCCUCGCCCGCAGCCAGGUGUCGCCGCGCAUCUCCAGGCCGCCGCUGCUGCUGCCGGCGCUGGCGGGCAGAGAGACCAUAUCAACAUCGACCCGGCCAUCUCGGGCAUGACGGCUGCUCCUCAAGUGCAUACCACCGCUGCCAUGCUUGCGCAGCCCCCGCAGGCCCAGGUCCCCGUCAGCCAGCAGGACAUGACCGGUGCUCCCCCAGGCAUGGACCAGACAGGCGAGUCGCGCAAGGUCUACGGCAAACGCGAGCUCUCCUCUUCCAAACGCGCUGCUCAGAACCGUGCUGCUCAGCGCGCUUUCCGUCAGCGCAAGGAAGGGUACAUCCGUAAGCUCGAGGAGCAGGUCAAGGAAUACGAGAUGUUGCUGGACAAUUACAAGGCCAUCCAGGCUGAAAACUACCAGCUACGCGAAUACAUCAUCAGCCUGCAGUCACGUCUCAUCGACUCCCAGAACGAGGUGCCCGAGCUGCCCGGUAACAUCGACCUCAGCCAGCCUCGUCCGGAGCCCGCCAUCGCCUCGUCUGCCAACCAGCAGCAGGGUCAGCAGGGCCAGCAGGGCCAACAGGGACAGCAGCAACAGGGCCAGCAGGGGCAGCCACAGCAGGGGCAGCAGCAAGGUAAUGCCGCCGGCGGUCAGCCUGGCGCAGGCCAGCACGUCAACUCCGGCUCCCAGUCCGAACUCAACGCUCUCAACCGCAUUGCCGUUGCCGGCCUAGGCAUGAGAAAGCACCAGCACGAAGAGGCCGCCUUCUUGGGCCAGAGCGGUAACUUCUCGAAGCGCACCAGACAGGACGGCCAGGACGACUCCCAGGCCGGAGAACAGUCCAAGACGGAACAGAUCUAG